AUGGAGUCUGAGUAUAUCGAGGUGCAGCGGGUGAACCCCAGCUUCAUAACCUCGCUUCUGGCGGGCGCUAUGGCAGGUUUGUCAGUGGACUUGCUAUUCUAUCCUAUCGAUACCUUGAAAACACGUUUACAGAGCGCGCAGGGCUUCUGGAAGAGUGGAGGGUUCUCCGGCGUGUAUCGCGGCAUGGGCAGUGUCGCGGUGGGAAGCGCACCAGGUGCAUCGAUUUUCUUUGUCACAUACGAGAGCGCGAAGUCUUUCCUGUCCAGAUCGCUAUACCCUGAGCACAGCCUCGAUGCCAAGGUCAUGUCGCCUACCGUCCACAUGCUGAGUGGCACGAUCGCAGAAAUGUCUGCGUGCAUGGUGCGCGUGCCCACCGAGGUGGUAAAAUCACGGCAGCAAACAUCAGCGUACGGCAGGACCUCAUCGGCGGCGGCUUUCCGCCAGGUCAUCGCACAAGAGGGCGUGCGGGGCCUGUAUAGGGGCUAUGGCAGCACCAUUUUCCGGGAGAUUCCAUUUACAUGCAUCCAAUUUCCCUUGUACGAGGGUCUCAAGCACAAAAUGGCAGGAUACAAGUCCGAGCCAACAUGGCUGCAGGCCGCCGUGUCUGGAAGCGUGGCGGGUGCGGUGGCUGCCGCUCUUACGACGCCGCUCGAUGUCAUCAAGACGCGCAUCAUGCUGGCUAAGGCUCAUGGCAGUACUAGUACUCCCCGUAUUCUUCCAACCCUCCACAGUGUCCUGGAACAACGCGGCGUGCGUGGUCUCUUUGCGGGUGUUGUUCCUCGCACGCUUUGGAUUGGUCUCGGUGGAGCCGUCUUUCUAGGCUCCUUUGAUGGUGCUGCCAAGGUUCUCGAGCUAUCUCAGAGUCACUAA